AUGUUGACAGGUCUCUAUGCUCCAUCCAGUGGGACUGCAUUCGUCAGUGGACAUGAUAUUCGCACCGAUAUGAGCGGGGUUCGAAAAAGUUUGGGAUUUUGUCCGCAAUUCGAUGUUCUGUUCGAUGCGCUGACCGUGGAAGAACACUUGCGAUUGUACGCCCAAUUGAAAGGCCUUUUUGGCCGAACAGUGAAGGAGCAGGUCGUGAGUGUCCUGACACAGAUCAAUUUGCUACCCAAACGUAACUGCUUGGUAGGAUCGUUGUCUGGUGGUAUGCAACGCCGGCUGUCGAUAGGCAUCGCCCUCAUAGGUUCUUCUGAGGUUAUCAUUCUUGACGAACCAACCUCUGGUUUAGAUCCCGAGGCUCGGCGUCAAAUUUGGGAUAUCCUUUUGAAAGAACGUGAUAAUCGAACCGUUGUGGUCACAACGCACUACAUGGAUGAGGCAGAUCACUUAGGUGAUCGAAUAGCUAUCAUGGCUGAGGGACAUUUACGUUGUCUGGGAUCUCCAUUGUAUCUGAAAGCCAAAUAUGGUAAGAUUCAUCGUCACAUUCCCGAGGCAUCACUGCGCAGUGACCACGGCGAGGAACUGCGUGUUCUGCUGCCGUUGGAAUCGGUUGACCAAUUUCCAGCUUUGUUUGCCGAUUUGGAAGCGUGUAAAAAGGAGUUAGGUGCAUGCAGUUUCGGCAUUUCUGUCACCACGAUGGAGGAAGUUUUCUUCCGUGUGAGCGAACCGAACAACGAUGCUUCCGGAUUAUUAGCACCAGGCAGUAUCAGCCGUUCAGCAAGUGAGGCCGGAAUGCCGUCCUCAUCCGGUUAUAGAACGGAGACAUGUUCCGUCUGGGAUACGGAUAUGACUGAAUUACGUAAACACGACUGCUCGCUUUACUGGUCUCAAUUGUAUGCACUGCUUAUCAAACGUGGAAUCUUCUUGAAACGGCACCGGUUGUUGCUUCUUUGUCAAAUUCUCAUUCCGGUCGUGCUGACCAUAGCUGCUUUGUUUGUGUUUCGCCAUCUUGCGUACGAUGUGAGCAGCUCGGAUCCGCCAAUCCGUUUGUCGAUAGAUAAUUUCGGUUCCGCACUAGUGUUCAGUCACGCCAACGGAGAUCAAUCGACUGAAACGCAUGCACUGGCGGAACAAUUUAUGGAGGCUUAUAAGUCGCAGUUUAAUCCUGAUAAAGUUCGCUCUUGGCAAAUCGAGAAUGCUUCGGCUUAUGAGGACAUUUUAUCCAAUCGAGUCGCUGACCCUUCAUUCUCUGAGUACAUUUCCCAAUACAUUGUUGGUUUGGUCAUGUUGCCUCCGGAGACCCUUAGCAAUCGCAGUACGACCUUGGCUGCUCAAGUGUUUUUCCAAGGUGAAUCGUAUCAUGCCUUACCAACCGCUUUGAACACAUUCGCGAACGCUCGAUUGCUGUUCCUGAUUCGGCGCUCUGCGGUAUAUCCCCUUGAUUGUCCGCUGCUCAAUCCGCACACAAAAUUGCCCCAGUUGGGCACAUUCAAUCAACCUUUGCCGUUGACAAACGAAGAACGAGCCGCACGGAUGGAUUCCAUCGAUGGUUUACAACAGGUCCUGAUCGCGGGCUUCCCUCUCGCGUCCACUCUACUUUUGGCCAUGUCAUUUGCCGCAGCCAGUUUCGGUCCGGCUAUCAUACACGAAUAUGUGACAAAAGCGAAGCAUUUACAAAUUGUCUCCGGUGUGAAGUUAGUAUCCUAUUGGAUCUCCAAUUUCCUCUGGGACGCAUCACUAUUCAUGGUCAUUUGUGCCAUUAUUGUUUGCGUGUUCGCCGUGUUCAAUGUCGAUGCUUACGCGACCAGUCAUCGGUUACACUUCGUCCUGCUCCUGUUCCUGGGUUACAUUUGGGCUGUCCUACCGGAAAUGUACAUUUUGGCUCGACUAUUCAAAUCUCCAAUCUCAGGGCUAGUGUGGCUAUUUGUAAUCAACGAAAUGACCGGUAUGACAUUUCUACCAUUUUUUGUGUUACGCUCCGGCUUGAUGAAUUACCGCAUUCCUCCUGACAGCGUUGUUAUGUCAUCCAACUAUACACCAACAGUCAUUGUCAAUGCGAAUCCAAUCGAGCGUGUUAUUCCUGUCCCCGUCAUUUUGCAUUUGUGA